UGCAUAAACAAGCCUGAGGUGAUCUUCAAGUUGGAACAAGGAGCAGAACCAUGGAUGGUGGAAAAACCCCUGAACCAGAGCCUUUCAAGGGACCUGAUGAAAUACCAGCUGGAGAGAAACCUCAUGGACCUAAUGUCACUGGGAACUCACUCCAAUACUUGGAACAUCUUAGUCAACAUCACCAGAUUCAGAAUAUACAGCAGGCUUUUGAACACAGUGGCCAAGGGAAAUGCUAUAACAGGAAGAGACUAUCCUUUGAAUGUGAGAGGAUUUGUGUGGAACACACCUCUAAUAAAUCAACUGUCAUUUCAGGAAACAAAACUCUAGUUGAAAGUAAAAAUUUCCAUAAAAAUGUCUAUCUCAGUAAAUAUCAAAAAGCAGGAGAGAAUCUCCAUGGAUCUUUUGAGUAUGAUGAAUCUCUGAAUUACAAAUCAGAUCUUACAAUGUAUCAGAGAACACAUAUGGGGAAAACUGUCCAUAUAUGUAAGCACUGUGGGAAGUCUUUCAGCUGUAAAUCCUGCCUUACUAUCCACCACAGAACUCACAUAGGGGAAAAUCUCAUUGAGUGCAUUGAAUGUGGGAAAAGCAUCUACCAGAAGUCAGACAUCACUGAAGACCAGAGCAUUGCCACAAUGGAAAAUCUUCAUGAAUGUAGUGAGUGUGGAAAAGCCUUUUAUCAGAAGUCAUAUCUCGUUAAACACCAGAGAAUCCACACAGGAGAGAAACCUUAUGAAUGUAAGAUAUGUGGGAGAGCAUUUUGCCAGAAUUCACAACUUAGUACACAUCAGAAAAUUCACACAGGGGAGAAACCUUAUGAGUGCAAUGAAUGUGGAAAAGCCUUUUGUCGGAAGUCACAUCUCAUUAUGCAUCAGAGAACUCACACAGGGGAGAAACCUUACAAAUGUAAUGAGUGUGGAAAAGCCUUUUCCCAGAGUUCAGUCCUCAAUAAACAUCAGAUAAUUCACACAGCAGAGAAACUUUAUAAGUGCAAUAUAUGUGGAAAAGCCUUUCGUUGGAAGUCAAGUAUCAUUAUACAUCAGAAAAUUCACACAAGGGAGAAAUCUCAUGAAUGCAAUAAUUGUGGAAAACCCUUUUGCCCCAGGACUGCCCUCAUUAGCUGUAAGAUAAAUCAUACAAAGGAGAAACCAUGAUUGUAACAUGUUGAAAAUCAUUUUGCCACAGGUCUGCCCUCAUUAACUAUCAGAAUUCACAGAAGAGAGAAACCUUGUGAAUGUAAUAUGUGUGGAAAAGCAUUUUGCCAGAAGUCCCAACUAAUUUUUCAUUAGAGCAUGCUCACAGGGAAAAAAAAAUCUUAUAAAUGCAAAGAAUGUGUAGAAACAUUUUUCCAGAAUUCAAGGCUCAGUAGUCAUAAAAUUCACACAGAAGGAAACAUUUUAAAUUGACUAAAUAUAAAAAGGACAUAUUUUCCAGGAAUACAUGUCAGCAUACAUGACAGAAUUCACACAAAGAAGAAAACCAUGAUAAUGGAAUCUUUGUGAACAAUUACUUUGACAGAAGUCUUCAGCACACAUGAGAGAAAUCACAGGAGAAAAGAUACAUGGAUAUAGAUGAAAAUUUUCUACCAUAGGCCAGCUGUUAUUAUCAGAGAACUUACAGAGGAAAAUCUCUACACAUGCAAUGGAAGUGGAAAAUCCAUUUACUCAACGGCAAUCUUCAGCAAAAAUUACUGAAUUUUGCAAAGAAUGCACUGUAUACAUGUAUUGGAUGUGAAAAAAAAUGUUUUUGCAAAUCAAACUUCAACAGAUUUUAGGGUUUUCACAGGAGGAAGUAACAAGGUAUGAAGACCUGCUAUAUGUUCUUCAAAAUCAUCUUCCUUUGUGUCAUACAACCUGCAUUUUAAGCUUCCCUACUGUGAGUAGGACAGUGGAAAUGAGCUCUGCUUUCACAUGUGAGUGUUAAUAAAUAUUGCCUAUAAUAUUUACUUAAGGUGCCAUUCUCAUUUACAAAGUUACUUGAUGCAGAUGUUGUGUUGUCUGCCUAUGAUUUUUCCCCUACAUUAUUCUGGUACAGAACAGUGUUAUGAUCACAGUCACAUCACCUCACUCAUUUACGAGCCAUAAUGCUC